AGAGCUAACAGGGAGCUAGCGGCUCAGAGGGAGGAGACACGCUCAAACCCAGCCUCUGUGUGUGUUUGUGUGUUUAAGUGUGUGCGAGGCUGUGAGUGUGUGCCUGUCGCAGACUAGCAGGCACGGCUGCUGCUGCACUCUUGUUUCACCACACUUUUUCCUUUUAACCUUGCCUUGCCACGGUGCUCAGCUCAGGCCUGCUUCCUCCUCCGCUUCAGGAUAAAGAGGGAUCAGCGUGGGGGGACAGGAAAGUACGGACGGCAGCCUUCCCUUUCCCUCCUUCUUUACUCUCCAACCACCUCAUAGCUCCUGACAGCUCCUGGCGGACGUGCAGGCAGGAUGAUAGCGGCUCAGCUUCUGGCCUACUACUUCACCGAGUUGAAGGAUGAUCAGCUCAAAAAGAUCGAUAAGUACCUUUACUCCAUGCGUUUCUCGGACGAGACGCUGAAGGACAUCAUGAACCGGUUCCGCCGGGAGAUGGAGAACGGGCUCGGCCGUGACACGAACCCCACCGCCACCGUCAAGAUGCUGCCCACCUUCGUCAGGUCCAUCCCUGAUGGAUCAGAAAAGGGAGACUUCAUAGCUCUGGACCUUGGCGGGUCUAACUUCCGGAUCCUGCGUGUCAAAGUGACACAGGACAAGAAGCAGCCGGUUCAGAUGGAGAGCCAGGUCUACGAGACCCCUGAUGACAUCAUCCACGGGAGCGGGACACAGCUCUUUGCCCAUGUCGCAGAUUGCCUGGGUGAUUUCAUGGAGAAGCAAAAAAUCAAGGAUAAAAAGCUUCCUGUGGGAUUUACGUUCUCCUUCCCCUGCGCCCAAACCAAACUGGAUGAGGCGGUCUUAGUGACAUGGACAAAGAAGUUUAAGGCCAGUGGUGUAGAAGGUGCGGAUGUUGUGAAGCUUCUGAACAGGGCCAUUAAGAAACGAGGGGACUAUGAGGCAGACAUCAUGGCGGUGGUGAACGACACAGUUGGCACCAUGAUGACCUGCGGAUUUGACGAUCAGCGUUGUGAAGUGGGCAUCAUUAUAGGAACGGGAACAAACGCCUGCUACAUGGAGGAGUUGCGUCACAUUGACCUGGUGGAGGGAGACGAAGGCCGGAUGUGCAUCAACACCGAGUGGGGUGCGUUCGGGGACGAUGGGUCCCUGGAGGACAUUCGCACAGAGUUUGACCGUGAGAUCGACAGAGGUUCUAUCAACCCAGGAAAACAGCUGUUUGAAAAGAUGGCCAGUGGGAUGUACAUGGGAGAGCUGGUUCGACUCAUCCUGGUCAAGAUGGCCAAAGAGGGGCUGCUGUUUGAGGGACGGAUAACCCCCGAGCUCCUGACGAAAGGAAAAAUUGAGACAAAACAUGUCUCAGCUAUUGAGAAGACUAAAGAAGGACUGAAGAAAUGCAUGGAGAUCCUGACGAGGCUCGGGGUCGAGCCUUCAGAUGAAGACUGUCUGGCCGUGCAGCAUGUGUGCACCAUCGUAUCUUUCCGCUCGGCAAACCUGAUUGCCUCAACACUGGGAGGCAUCCUCUCGCGCCUAAAGGAAAACAAAGGAGUCGCACGCCUCCGCACCACCGUGGGCAUCGACGGGUCUCUCUACAAGAUGCACCCUCAAUACGCUCGCCGUCUGCACAAGACAGUGCGCCGCCUGAUCCCAGACUCUGACGUCCGCUUCCUGCUGUCCGAGAGUGGGAGCGCGAAAGGCGCAGCCAUGGUGACAGCAGUGGCGUACCGUCUGACGGAGCAGGCGCGCCAGAUUCAGCAGACUAUGGCGGAGUUCCGGCUGAGCAAAGGCCAACUGUUAGAAGUGAAGAAACGCAUGAGGAUGGAGAUCGAAAGAGGCCUCAAGAAGGACAGCCACAAGGAAGCCGCAGUCAAAAUGUUGCCCACCUUUGUCCGAAGUACACCAGAUGGAUCAGAAAACGGCGACUUCCUCGCUCUGGACCUCGGAGGGACAAACUUCCGUGUCCUUCUGGUAAAGAUCCGCAGCGGGAAGAGGCGAUCAGUGGAGAUGCACAACAAAAUCUACGCCAUUCCCAUAGAGGUCAUGCAGGGCACUGGAGAAGAGCUCUUUGACCACAUUGUGCACUGCAUCUCCGACUUCCUGGACUACAUGGGAAUGAAAAGUGCUCGACUGCCGCUGGGUUUCACCUUCUCCUUCCCCUGCCAUCAGACCAGCCUGGACGCAGGUAUUCUCGUGACCUGGACCAAAGGCUUCAAGGCCACAGACUGCGAGGGCGAAGACGUGGUGGAGCUCCUCCGGGAAGCCAUCAAGAGGAAAGAGGAGUUUGAGCUGGAUGUUGUCGCCAUAGUGAACGACACCGUGGGGACGAUGAUGACCUGCGCGUAUGAGGAACCCAGUUGCGAGGUGGGACUCAUUGCAGGGACGGGCAGUAACGCCUGUUACAUGGAGGAGAUGAAGAACAUCGAGAUAGUGGACGGAAAUGAGGGCCGCAUGUGCGUCAACAUGGAGUGGGGGGCGUUUGGAGACAACGGCUGCCUGGAUGACAUCAGGACGAAGUACGACCAGGCGGUGGACGAGAACUCGCUCAACGAAGGCAAACAAAGAUACGAGAAGAUGUGCAGUGGCAUGUACCUGGGCGAGAUCGUCAGGCAGAUUUUGAUUGAUCUGACCAAGCGUGGCUUCCUCUUCCGGGGGCAAAUCUCCGAGACGCUGAAGACCAGGGGCAUUUUCGAGACGAAGUUCCUGUCGCAGAUAGAGAGCGAUCGUCUGGCACUGCUGCAGGUCAGGGCGAUCCUGCAGCAGCUGGGGCUCGACAGCACCUGUGAUGACAGUAUUAUCGUCAAAGAGGUGUGCGGCACGGUGUCGCGCCGCGCAGCUCAGAUCUGUGGAGCCGGGAUGGCUGCCGUGGUCGACAAGAUCCGUGAGAACAGAGGACUGGACCACCUGGACGUCACCGUGGGCGUGGACGGCACGCUCUACAAGCUGCAUCCUCAUUUCUCACGGAUCUUCCAGCAGACUGUGAAGGAACUCGCCCCCAAAUGUGAGGUGAACUUCCUGUUAUCCGAGGACGGCAGCGGUAAGGGAGCCGCCCUCAUCACCGCCGUGGGCUGCCGCCAGCGAGAGCUGGAAGCGCAGCAGCACUGA